GACCUACAUUAUACGGCAGAAGCUUUACUCCUUCCUUCACCUGUGUCCACUUCCACUUCUUGUGAAGUGAAACUCCCACAAGGAGAAGUGUCACGGCCACAACUUCAUCUUUUUUGCCAUGGGUGCCUCAAAGCGCAACCAGACCUGAAAAAGUGUAAAGGUUGCCUACUUUUCUACUACUGCUCGCGAGGUUGUCAGAAGAAGGAUUGGCCUUUGCAUAAGAACGAAUGCGUAUCGUGCAAGGAGCAUAACGGAGUUGCGAACAUGUGGGUUCGGUUUGCUAUGCGUCUAGCAGCGAAGUGGGCAGCUGGAGAUAUGGGAGAAACCAUCGUGGACAACGGUAUGUCGUACGCUCCCUCGCUACGCUGCAGUAUAUCUGAUAUGGCGAGGAAGACGAACUGUCAGUUAUGGAGAUUACAAGACAUUCUGAGAAGUUCUGUUUCGUUAAGCGAUGAUAUUUUCAAACGGCUACUCAAAGUGGCUUGGGUGAACAGUUUUCCUCUGUUAACUGACGUUGGUAUACCCAUCGGCAUCGCACUCUGUAUUCGACUCAGUGUUGUGGGCCAUUCAUGUAAGCCGAACAUGACUUGUGUAUUU